GUAAAUUUUGGGUCAUGGGCUAAAGCCUAAAUCAUGGACUACCCAAAACAGGCCCGGGCUUAAGCCUAAAGCCUACAUAGCCCGCCCGGGUCAGUCCUACUUCCUUCCUUCCUCACGCAUUGCCAUUUGCUUCUCCUUCGACUGCCGUGUUCUCCGAACUCACUAUCAUUGUCGCCUUCAAACAGUUUCUGCUUGCUGGGUACAAUAGCAGACGAAUCCAGUUUAGUUGAUAUUUUUCCGCUGGUGAAAAUGUCAAAUGAGAUUGUAACAAGCAGUGAGAUAGAUUUUGAAUGUGAAGAUUUCAAUGGUUCCAAGCGCCCAAAAAUGACGUCUAAAGUAUGGGAAGAAAUGCAGCGUAUUCAAACAACCGAAGGUAGUAAAGUUCUAUGCAAACACUGUGGAAAGCUGUUGCAAGAUAACUGUGGAACUUCUCAUUUGAAGCGACAUUUAGUCAUAUGCCCCAAGCGACCAAAACCAGUCGGUGUUAUUGCUCAAGGUUCAAUGUCAUCACCGUAUCUCCAAGGUAGCUAUACUGCCAAAGAUUCUGGAUCAAGCAAAGCGCUUAUGGUACGCCCAUUAAAGGUCGAACUUCAACCGCAGGUCAUUAGUUUUUCUCCUACUCCAAAUUAUGGCGCUGCAACUGUUACUAUUGCAUCCAUUGCAAAUGCUUCCAGUCCCAAUGGAGAACUAAAUCAUAAAAACAGUUCCACUUUGUUACUGCCUAGCAUUGAAUCUUCCCGAAAUCAAGAUGAACUCUCUCUGGAUGACGCAGAAAUGAAAGCAUUUUACGCUUCUCUAGAUGUCAAGACCUCAUUUAAGUCAUCUUCCCAAGAUACCACGGUUAUCAGUGAAUCUUCAAACACUACACCUUGUGAAGAAACCAGCAAUGCAUUGAAAACCCUGCAAGAUCUUCUCUCCAAAGACUUCUCUGUUUUAUUGCAGACCGGGCAUUGUGUAACCAUGAAAUCUACCAUAGAAUACCUUUCAAAGAUGUCUGCGGUCAAUGGAAUCUCGGCGGAAAUGAGGUUGUUAAUAUUAGAAGUUUCUAGAGAAUUCACUCGGUGUAGUUGCGACUACAACAAUGCUAGUAAGAAAAUAGAGUCUGCGAGCUCCAACAUCAUCAAAGCAGAUAAACUAGAAGAAAGUCUAGAAGGAAACAAGAGUGAGUUCAACGAUAUUUUGUCCUUAGAAAAUGAUUUGUGCAACCAGCUAGCAACUUUGGAGCAACGAAAGAAAGAGCUAGAAGAGCAAAUAACCGGAAUCAAAGCUAACAUAUCCGUGUUUCAAUCAGCUAAGAUUACGGCUACAAAGAGAAAAAGGGAUGUUUUUGAAGAAGCAAAGACUCUCAAAGCACAAAGAGAUGAGUUGAGGGAGCAAGUUCCUCACUUGAAGGAAGAGAGAGAAGUGGCCAAGAAAAUCCAAGAAAAUAUUCUAGCUGAAUGGUUAAAGCUUGGAGAAAAAUUUGACAAAAGCUUAAAUGGGGUGAAUUCUGAGGACUUGAAUGGUCAAUUAGAAAAUUCCAUAUGACAAACCGAAUUUUAACUACGUCAGAAGAUACUUUCAUCAUACAUACCAACUCCAUGAUGAACUAAAAAAGAGCUCUCAUAUUUGUUGUAUACUUAAAUGGUGAGUUGCAACAUUUUUUUCAAUUGAUUUUAGUCUCAUGAUCUUAACCUGGACAAAUGUUUGUGGAAGCUCUUCUUACUUUACGCUUUAAGAUUGAAAAAUGGAGAAAAAUCAAUGAAUGAAGAGCUCUCAUAUUUGUUUUAGUAAUUUGAAGUUGUUAUGUAUGUAAUUCAUAUAUGAUACCGCAGAAUUGUUGCAUUUAAUGUAGAUAAAUGUUGUUAGGAAAUAUAUGUUGUGGUAGGAUAUGGAUUCCCGGCAAUCAAGACAUGGUGCAGUUAUGCAGUCAUUGCAUUAUACACCCUUUGAUUGAAAUCAAAUUAUACAGAUUUAACACUAAAA